AUGGGUAAACUAUACGAAAUCCUGCUUUUGUCGCGCCUCAGACAGACGGCCGACAGACUACAACCGCCGUUCCAACAUGGCUUUACCAAGAACAGAGGCACAGGCAUACAGAUCCUACGUACCAGCAAGUUCAUUACGGACGCACUGGAAGCGAGGGAAAGUGUAGGCAUAGUCCUGACGGAUCUUCCGAAGGCCUUCGAUUCAAUAAACCACGAAGGUCUCAUACCUCCCAAUACGCCGAUGGCCUGUGCAUCCUUAACAGGUCUCCCAACCAGACUGCGCGACACAACUCGCGGGCUGGGCCACCGACACCGUUAUCGACUACUACCAUCACUGGAGGCUAAAUUGCAACAUAGACAAAACGAAGUUUGCUAUAUUCACUCACGAGAGAAACUACCUUAG